GCAGGAAUAUCGACUUUUAUUGGAGGCUUUAUUAUUAUUUGCAUGGGAAAACCAUCGGAUGGAAAGAUUGGCUACAUGAUGGGAUUUGCUAGUGGAGUCAUGAUGUUUGUGUCGUUUUUUCAUCUCAUUCCUGAGAGUAUUGAGGAUAUUGGAGUGAUACCUUCGAUUAUUUCAUUCAUUAUUGGAUCUGUCUUGUUUAUUGGAAUUAGUAAAGUCUCAGAUGAGAGUGAUUCUGAUUCAUUGAAAAAGAAGGAAGUAGUUGAUGUGAAAAAACCAGCCAAUGUUACAACCAAUAGAAAGAGAUUGUAUCAUACUGCUAUUAUUGUCACUUUGGGACUUUCAUUACAUAAUCUUCCUGAAGGAAUGGCUGUUUAUACCAGUACUUUGACCACUUACAAAUUAGGAUUAAUGAUUGCUCUUGCUAUUGGAUUGCAUAAUGUUCCUGAAGGUAUGGCAGUGGCUAUUGCUGUCUAUGCUGCAACCAAUUCAAUUUAUCAAUCACUCAAGUAUAGUUUAAUUUCUGGUUUGUGUGAACCACUUGGAGCUGCUCUCUUUGGUGCAAUGAUUUAUCUUGGAUUUUUACCUCAUUACAUUGUGUUUUACAUGUUGGCUGGUUGUGGAGGUAUUAUGGUCAUUAUCUGUUUUACAGAGCUCAUACCUACAAGUUUGGAAUAUUUG